GGGCACUUCUAUGGGUCAAUCCGGCAGAAUCCCUAGCGGAGCAACACAAUGGCAGGACAUCCCAGGCCAACUGGGAGGAUUGUGAUCUUACUAAACUCGGUCGUGUUCACCACCGGAUGGUCCUUGUGUGCCCGCCGCCGCCGCCUUUCUCUCCUCACGCUUUUCCUUUUCUCCUCCUCACCAAACUCUCCGGCCAACGAUCCAGAACCCCAAUCCGCUUCUGCUUGUCAGCAAGGGAGUCGGCCGUCCAAAGCUAACUCAACUAAACAGCGCGCAAGUUACUUUGCAUUCAAGAAUAGCAGUGCGUUCAAUCUAAUUCGAUUCACCCAAUUGAUUGUUCCCCAGAGUGUCUCCAAGCAUACAGUAAGAACGUCACAGGCAAACGGUGUCUCUUUCUCCUCCCCGGAAAUUCCCAUUGACAUGAGCGGGCGGAGGUGCUCGGGACGAAUUACAUCGCAGUUCGUCAAAACUUAGCCACUGUCCCAAGACGGGGAGAUCGGUAACUAGCUCAAGUAGUCUGGAG